GUAGUUUAAAAAAAAGUGUCGUCACCAAGAGCAAUUUCCAUGUUAGCUUUUUAAAUUGUUGUUAGAUGUUUAACACCCUGGAACUCAAAAUAAGAUUAAUUUAACCGCAUAGCAUCACAUGCUUACUCCAGCUAUUCUUAAAAUUUCAUUGGAGACGGACUUGGAUGUGAACUAGGUAACGCUUGCUAGCUGCUAACGUUAGCUAAAAAUGGCUAACUGUAUGGCUUUUCACAGUCAAAUGGCAUCCAUCAUGGAGGUGCUAGCGAAUGCAGCCGUGGCAGAGAUCUGUAAACUCGUAGAUGACGACUAUGCAGUGUUUCGUUUGGAAAUAACUCAAAGCCAGAAAGAAAACAGGGUAUUGCGGAGGAAACUACAGCUACUGGAACUGAAGGUGGCACGGGAGCGCGCAGAGAGGACAAUACGAGAGCGCGUCCUCGCCAGUCCCAGUAGUGUCAAGAUCCUCGACAGAUACAGAGGAAAGGCAAAAGGUGAAGGACAUCACACUGGAGGCCACAGGAACUUUGUGAAGCCAGCAGGACACAAUACAUGGAGAGAUGACCAACCAAUCACUGUUGAUGAGGGGAUGGGAAACACAACCCAUCAUGUUAUAGAGUCUGCAGAGGCUGAAGGUCUUGGGGUCAAGCAGGAAAAGUAUGAAGGAGAGGUGGACCCACGGCACAGCAGAAACAUCCAGACUGGAGCAGCUGGAGCGCCCCCUGUAGCCACGGCGAACCCCACCACCGCCCAAGAGCAGUCCAGGACCCGACGCAGCAUCAUGGUCAAUGAAACGCUGAACGCCAUCCUCAAGUCAGAGACAGACACCAAGACCUUAACGGGGCUGAACCGACUGGGCUGUCCUCCUGCCCCAUGCUCAGAGUAUUUACCUUAUGGCAAUACAAGCCCGAGAACUGUUCUGUCCCAUCGGGACUCAGGUGACACUUUACAGACUGUCAAUGACCCAUCCUGUUCAUACACUACAGAGAUGAUACCUGGUGACAUGCCUGUGGUAUUAGAUGCACAGACUAAUCCAAUGAAAGUGGACUGGAACGAGUACAGUAGUAGUGGAUACACUGAAGGGUGCCUAGAUAAGAAAGGGGAGAGCCUGGUCAUAGAUGAAGUGACUGUGAAAGUGGAGGGCGAUGCUCCUCUGACAUGGAAUGCAUACGAAAAUCACUUAGGAGAAGGACACUCACAAGGCAACACCAUUGACUUCUUAGACUACAGGGAAAGCUUAGAGACAAAUCUAAAUGUCAUGACCCACUCCCCUUUACACACGUUUACACACGAUCCAUUAUCCAUGUCGAUGGGGCCCUCCGAUUCACACAGGGAACAAAUGGCCAAGGCGCAGGGAGAGGGAGCCACAUCGGGCAAUGGUAAAGAGAAACGGUUCCUUUGCAUGUUCUGUAACAAAGGCUUCAGCUGCCCCCAGAAGGUGGACAUCCACCAGAGGGUCCACACAGGGGUGAAACCCUUCAGUUGUACCCAGUGUCACAUGCGCUUCGCCCAGGCAUGCACCCUGAAGAGGCACCAGAGGGUCCACACAGGGGAGAAACCCUUCAGCUGUACCCAGUGCCACAUGCGCUUUGCCCAGGCUGGUGACCUGAAGAGGCACCAGAGGGUCCACACGGGAGAGAGGCCUUUCGCCUGUGCACACUGUGGGAAGAGGUUCUCAGAGAAGAGCUACCUCAGGUUACACCAGCAGAAAAAACACUCCACUCUAACAAACACUUUUAUAUCAAAAGACAAAGAUUAAUUUUAGUUGUCAUCAGAAAAUAUCCACAGAUGCAUUUGGAUAUUCCUGGGUAGAAUAUUAUAUCCAGAUAUUGUGUGAUAUAUAAGGCAUAGUGUGUAUAUACAGUGCCUACGGAAGGUAUUCAGACCUCUUGACUUUUUCCACAUUUUGUUACGUUACAGCCUUAUUCUAAAAUUGAUUAAAUUGUUGUUUUCCCUCAAUCUACACACAAUACCCCACAAUGACAAAACAAAAACAGGAUUAUAAAUGUUUGCAUAUGUAUUAACAAUCAACUGAAACUUCACAUUUACAUAAGUAUUCAGACCCUUUUUACUCAGUACUUUGUUGAACACCUUUGGCUGAAAUGACAGCCUCAAGUCUUCUUGGGUAUGACUCUACAAGCUUGGCACACCU